UUACUUCCGGUAAAAAAUUUUGCAAUGCAGCUUGAGAUAACAUUUUUAAAGAUGACUUCUUGAAUAAUAGAUGUUGUCAUCUUUUAUUUGUGGUUUAAAAUGAACGGAUCAAACACAAAUAACGAUCCUAUUAUACUAGCUACUGCAGGAUAUGAUCAUACGGUCAGAUUUUGGCAGGCUUACAGUGGAAUUUGUCUGAGAACUGUGCAGCAUCCAGAUUCUCAAGUAAAUGCAUUGGAAAUAACUCCAGACAAGCAAUUGAUUGCUGCAGCUGGGUACCAGCACAUUCGAAUGUAUGAUUUGAACUCAAAUAACCCAAACCCUGUGAUUAAUUAUGAUGGAAUAUCAAAGAAUGUUACUGGACUAGGUUUCCAUGAGGAUGGCAAGUGGAUGUACACAGGAGGAGAAGACAACGCUGUGAGAAUCUGGGAUUUAAGGUCAAGAAAUUUACAGUGCCAAAGAAUAUUCCAAGUAAAUGCUCCAGCUAACUGUGUGUGCCUACAUCCUAACCAGGGAGAAUUAUUUAUUGGAGACCAGAGUGGAUCUAUACAUGUAUGGGACCUAAAAACAGAUAAUAAUGAACAGUUGAUACCAGAACAAGAUGCCUCCAUACAGUCUAUCAGUAUAGAUCCCAUGGGAACCAUGAUGGCUGCUGUAAAUAACAAGGGUAACUGUUAUAUAUGGAAUCUGACUGGAGGCAAAGGAACAGAACCCACUAAAUUACAUCCCAAAUCAAAAUUUGAAGCCCACAGUAGAUAUGUUCUGAAGUGUUUAUUUAGUCCAGAUUCUACAUUAUUAGCCACCACAUCUGCUGAUCAAACAGCCAAAAUAUGGCGGACUGCAGAUCUGACAUUAAUGACAGAAUUAAAAGAAACUGCACAGAGAUGGGUCUGGGACUGUGCAUUUAGUGGAGAUUCACAGUAUAUUAUCACAGCAUCAUCAGAUAACAUGGCCAGAUUAUGGAGUGUAGAUACAGGAGAGGUCAAGAAAGAAUAUAGUGGACAUCAAAAAGCUGUUGUGUGUUUAGCAUUUAGAGAUGAAAUAGUGCAAUAAAAUUUAUAUUUUAAUA